GCUCAUUCGUUUCCUCUGUGUAAAUUCGGUAGAGAACCCUGUCACCAUCGCUGCACUAGAAAGCAUCGAGCGCCAUGUUUGUGAGGAAUAACCACAGCGUGUGAAAAUUUUCCUUUUUUUUUGCUCUCGCCAACCAAAAUCACCAAGAACAAAACCGACGGAAAAAGAGGGGUAUCAAACUCUUUAGAACCAAUACGCAAACAGUUUAACCAAAUAAGAACUCGCUCACACCAGCAACGUCUCAGUGAGACACUCUCUCAGCCUUGUACUGUUGUGUGGGGAAAAAUGGCUUUUGAAAGCCUUUUCUCCAACCCCCCAACCCCAGUUGACAAAAAUGAUGUUCUAAACAUGACAGAGUCUGAGCUUGCAGGGGACGAAAGGGAGGAUGGGGAGCUUGAAGAUGGAGAAAUAGAUGAUGAUGGACUUGAAGGAAACCUUGAGGUGAAGAAAGAGUCAAAAGAAAGUGAAAAAGAGGAUAAGUCAUCUCAUAGAAGAUCAAAGAAGAAGAGAAAGCGAGAAAAGGAAAGGGAAAAGAAAAAAACAAAGAGGAGAAAGAAAGAAAAACACAAGCGACAUUCACCUUCCAGUGGUGAUUCAGACUUCAGUUAUGACUCUGAUAUUGAUGCUGAAAGGUCGUACAAGAAAGGUCCUGUACCCUACAGGGAAUAUGAUGCUCCUUUCUCUCCACAUGCACAAGGACCUGGAAAUUACAUGAAAUCCCCUGCACCUUUACCUGCACAGAAAUGUUACAAUAACAACAAGGCUGAUAACCGAGAUUAUGCUGAAUACAGUGACUAUAGUGAGGAGAAGUAUGAUGCCUAUGAAGACGAGGAGUGCGAUGACUUUGCUCAUGAAUUAAAACAGUACAAACAGGCAAAGGAAGCAUCAACGGUUAUGGCUCCUAAAGGGCCGCCUAUGGGACAGAUGCGAAAGCCUGGAAUGAAAGGUAUUAUGCAGAAGGGUAGAGGUCGAGGAAUUGGUCGGGGCCGUGGUAUGCGAGGACAACCGAAACAGAAGCGCAAGGUCUGGGGACCUGGAAGAGGAGCUGACGGCGGUAUGAUGGAUGCUUCUGAUGAGCAGGAUGGUUAUGGAAAUACAAAUUUUUCCCGGAAGAAGAAGAAAAAUCAAGAUUUUUCAUACCAUGGAACAGGUGAAAAGAUUAGGAAAGGAGGCAUAUGCAAGUAUUUUCUGGAAGGACGCUGUAUUAGGGGGGACCAAUGCAGAUAUAGUCAUGAUGUAGUCAUACAAAAGAAGAAGGACAUCUGCAAAUUCUACUUAAAUGGAUUUUGUACCAAAGGAGAUAACUGCAUUUUCAUGCAUGGUGAAUAUCCAUGUAAGUUCUACCACACAGGAGCAAAAUGCUAUCAAGGAGACAACUGCAAAUUCUCUCAUGCUCCACUUACUGAAGAAACAAGGGAGCUGCUAGACAAGGUGUUGAACAAUGAAAAUAUAAAUUACGACAAUAACAAUGACCACAGCAAUACCAAUGAUUUUGAUAAUUAUGAGUAUGAUUAUGAGUAUGUGUAUAACGAAGACGAUGAUAAACUUGAAGUGGAAGAACUUAGGAAACAAGGUAUAACUCCUCUUCCAAAGCCACCACCAGGGGUUGGAUUAUUACCAACUCCUCCACAACCACCAAACUAUCCUGGUCCAAUGCCAAUGGGUUCUCCUGGCAACCAGCCACAGGCAACUUCACCAGGGAGGAAGAUUCCCUCUAUCUUUGAUAUUGUUGUACAGCCAACAAGUGUCUUUGUUAACAAGAUGGGACGAAGGCCACAGUUUUGUAACUCCCCGUCACCCCCACAUCCUCCAUUUGAAGAAGACCAACUACCUCCUCCACCUCAGAUGUUUGGAGCAGGUCCAGAACAAAACAUGAUGCCUCCAGGACCCAAUGGACCUCCAGAGUCUCCAGGUGGCUUUGGUCCUCCUUGUCCUCCACAUAAUCUGCCAGUUACACAAGGUCUACCUGGACCAGUCAUGCCUCCAGGCUUACCUGGACAGCCAGUGUUACAAGGCCAACCUGGAGCACCAGUUCCUCCAGGACAUCCUGGUUUACCUCUUCCACCAGGAUUUCCAGGUCCACCAAUAAAUGCAGGACCAAAUGAAGCUCCGGGUCAGAUGGGAUUUCAGGGACCUAUGAUGAACAUGCCCAUGGAACAUCAGAUACUGCCACCAUCACAAAAUCAGACUCAUCCACAAUUUGCAGUUGAUGCAUCUCAACAAAUGCAACAAGACAUUGGGUACCAGCAAGACAUCGCAUACCAACAAAUCCAAAAUCCAGUGGACUUCUAUAACUCUUACUAUUCACAGAAAGUAGUGCAUAAUUUGGAGCAAGAAAACCAUAUGGGAGAUGGAGUAUCAAAUUUGGCAUCUGAGCAGAGAGAUCAUCAGUCUUACUUGGCUACAGACGAUUCGAGAGAUAGCGACACAGAAUCUGAUGCCAGCAGUUCAGCAGGCCGUAAACCUACUGUUACUGUUCCAGACUUCCUUCCAGCCAAACAAAAAGCUCUGUUUCUAAGAAUUAAGCAGAAGCAACAGGAAGAGGGAGGAUCGGACAACAACCAGUCACAGUUGCUGCAGAACAGAGAUGAAGAUGAGACUGUAAAUUGGUAUUCUAGUGAUGAAGAGGAAGAUGGUAGCAGUGUAAAAUCAAUACUGAAAACUCUUAAGAAACAAAGUGAAACCAUGAAAAGCCAGCAGCCUCCUGUAACUGAACAAACAUCUUACACAUAUAUGGACCCCAGACUUGUAAAAGAAAAACCCCCCGAAAACAAACCUUCAGAUCUUCGCUUAAGAGCUGACUUACGACAAGGCACAGCUGGAGAAGUCAAAAAACCUCCAGAAAUGGUCUCUGCUGAUCCAAGGUUAGCAAGAGAUCCCAGAAAGAUGAAAGUACAUGAGAAUGCCGGUGUAGGCCUUUCUGUUAGUGAAAGCCCUAAACAUGAUCCUCAUCCUAUCCCAAACAAUAAGCAGCAAGGACUCGAUGAUGACGAAGAGACAGAACGAGAACUGAGGGAGAAACCAGCCAUAAUACCUUUAGAUACAAUACCUGGUGUGACCUUACGGGAUCCACGCUGUCAGCUGAAGCAGUUCAGCCAUAUCAAGAUGGACAUCACCCUCUCUAAACCUCACUUUGCAAAACUUGUUGUUUGGACUCCUGAGGACCUCCUUCCACUGCCGUUGCCAAAGCCAGACCCAGUGUCUUCAAUAAACUUACCUCUCCCUCCAUUAAUAGCUAAUCAACGGCUGAAUAGAGCUCUGAGUAUUAUAAGUGACCCUCGUCAAACUGAUCCACGGCUAUCUUUGCGGUCGAAGGAGAAUAACACAAUGAAAACGGAAAAGAACGCCGAUUCAAGGGUUUCUUCUGACAGACCUUUAGACCCACGAUUGCAAAAGUCAUCGAAUCCUAGAUUGCAGAAAAGCAGCAGCACAGAUACCACUUCAAGAGAGUCCCACAUUGCACGAGCAGAUCCUCGCUUAUCAAAAUUAAGUAGUGGUUCUACGCAAGUGUCAGGAGUGACUGUUAAGAUGGAUCAGACACUCCCCCCAUACGCUCCCAAGCUCUCUGCAAGUGGCAUUGGACUUGGGUCCCCCAGCACGUUGCUCAGUGGCAUCAGUCUCUAUGACCCAAGGACCCAAACUUCACAAAGUUUAGUGACGUCCGUUUUAACUACGCAAGCAGAUUCCUCUAGGGAAGGAGAGCAAGUAAAGAAACUUUUUGUACCAAAAAAUCCCACAAAGUCAGAAAAUGUUCUGUGUGACUCAGCACUAACAUAUAAAUCUUCAUUGGUGCAAGAAGGUAGUAUUACAGAGAAUGCAACUGAUCUUGGUGCAGAAAAGUCAGAUAGUUACAGACCACAGCUAAAGCCUGAAGCAUCCCAGGCAACUGCUACUUCUGCACCUGCAGUGCAUAAUCUGCCAAUCCAGGCUUUAGCUGGUCUAAUUAGACCACAGUACAGUGACCCAAGACAAACUAAACAUUCUGGACCUCCUAGUCAAGUGGAUGAAGAGGAUUUAAACAGUAAAAAGGAUAAGAAACCACUGAAAGAAAUGUUCAAGACUUUUGAUCCAACAGCAUCACCUUUCUGUUAGCACCCAUCGAAAGACUGGUGUUCAGUCUGUACAUUGUAGCUUGUCCUGGUUCUUUAACUUAUUUGGCUUGUUGGUAGUGGUUUAUUUAUUUUUUACUAUGUACAGUCUGUUUAACUGUUCAAAGAAAUGCAUGCAGUGGCACACGCAGACUGUAUGACUAAUUUUCUUUUGGUCUGAGUAUGUAAGAACUACAUUUUGAAUGAAUAAUUUUUUAUGGUAAUAGAAAUAUAUAUAUAUAUAUAUGUAUAGAGAGAAUAUACCUGUGACCACAUUUAAAUUUUCUUCCCGGUGAAGUCAUUGUUUUUCCGUGUACUGAAAUUGCUGAAAUCGCAUUCUAAGUUAUUUCCUGCUUGGGUAUUGUGUGAUUAUGUAUUAUUGAAGUAGUACACUGAAAAACUAUAUUGUUUUUAGUACUUUCAAGUAACUACUUUUUGUUUUGAGAGCUAAUCUUAAAAAGAAAAAUAACUGCCACUUUUAUAUUGUACAGUUUCAAUAAUAUCACUCCAAUGGUAUACUUAGUCAUGGUCCUAACUAGUUUUUGAGUUUCAUUGUUAAUCAAUGCUGUCAUGCGUGCACUGCAGUUUUGUUUUAAAUUAGUUGCUUUAAUUUUUUGUCGCAAUCAAGUGUGGAACCAUUUGCAGUUAGACACUGUCCAUAGAUAUUGCACUGUACAAUUUGUUAAUGUAUUUCAAAAAUUAUGUUUUUUGUUUAGCAAAUGUAACAGCUGAUUAUCAGUUUUUGAAUUGGUAAAUCAACCAGAAUCAUGACAUGAUUUACUGAAGAUCAAUGUAUACAAUGUAUAAAGCAUUUAUUGUGAAAACCUUUUUGUUUUGUCUAGAAUAAGUCUGAAAUCUAGUGAACUACUGCUUAUCCAUUUAACAUAAGGAACUAGUGGUGGAUUAUUGUGCAUUAAUAAAAGUUUCUGAACUUGUUCUUUACGUACGAUACCGUAUUUUCAUAUUGAGCUACUGAGAGUUAGCUUUAUAAAGAAAACCUAAUGUAAAAGCUUUUUGUACAAAUGUAUUAAACUCUUUUAAUGUA